GUUCCCGCACCGCACUGGAAUAACCUAAGGCACACACUUAAGGUAUCUAUGUACAAACCGAUUUCAAUACUAAAUUACGCCGCCCGUCAAGUCUUGGCGCCAACUGAGCUCUUCGACAGGCGCUGAAUCCAUACCACAUAUCAGGAGAUUGUCUACCCUGCACCCCCAGGACUUCUCUUGACAAUUGAUCAAUUCACUCACCCACCGCGCACACGUCCUUCAAUUUAGGAUAGAGUUGCCUGGCAACCUUGAUCCUUAUUUACAACGCCGGAAUUCCUUGACGUCGACGUUCAUACGAAUCCCCCCAUCCGCCCUACCUUUCUCCGCUUCCCACCCACCCCGAACCCACACCUCAAGUGCAAUUUUCAGCCUCCUUCCGUGGUCCAUCUGUUCAUGUGAACAGCAGCCAUGACAUCGCGAAAGACGCAGCAAGAGAUCGACAAGACCUUCAAGAAGGUCGCCGAAGGUAUUCAGUCGUUCGAGGGCAUCUACGAGAAGAUCCGCUCCACGUCAAAUCCGACCCAACGGGAUAAGCUUGAGGAAAACUUGAAACGGGAGAUCAAGAAGCUCCAACGAUAUCGCGACCAGAUCAAGUCAUGGGCGUCAGGCAAUGAGGUCAAAGACAAGGGACCGCUGCUGGAGCAGCGCCGAGCCAUCGAAACUUGCAUGGAGCAGUUCAAAGCGGUAGAAAAGGAAAUGAAGACGAAAGCAUACUCGAAAGAGGGUCUUUCGGCCGCAUCCAGACUCGAUCCGAGAGAAAAGGAAAAGGUGGAGACAUGUGACUUCUUAUCGAGCAUGGUCGACGAGUUACAACAAAAGAUUGAGGCCAUGGAGGCGGAGGAAGAGACGCUGCAUGUGCAGAUGAAGAAGGGCAGGAAGGACGUCGCCAGGGCCAACCGGUUGGCGGAUCUUACGCGGAUAACGGAACGACAUAAGUGGCAUGUCAACAAGCUGGAACUCUUGCUACGAUCGCUGCAAAACGGCAACGUGGAGGUAAACCAAGUGUUGGACUUGAAAGAAAGCAUAAAGUACUAUGUAGAGGAUGGGCAUAAUGUGGACUACUCUGGCGAGGAUGAAACGCUUUAUGAUGACCUGAUCCUAGAUGGUGAGACUGAGGCACAGUUCGGCAUAACGGGUGACAACGACCGGGUAUCAUCGCAGGAUACACAGUCUGUCCAGGAGGAAGAUCUGGACUUGAAGCCGAAGCCCAUUAAGAGCGAAUCCACGGCGCCUCGAAGACCCUCCGCGCAGAUGAAAUCGCCGCUCCCAGUGCUUGCGACACUACAUCCGUCAACGUCCACCAGUGCCACAUCUGGGAUGAAGCCCGCACCACCACCCACCCGUCUACCUGGGGAAACCCUUAAAUACGCCUCCGCGGCGGCUGCGGCGGCUGCCAGUGAUAAGAACGGUGUUGGCAUUGCUCCCCUUCCUCCACCGCCGGGCACAAGCCCUGCUUUCCCCGCUGCCAGUUUGGUCUCGAGACCUUCAUCGACUGCUUCCCCUAGCGUUGCCUCCGUACAACCUGUAUCUAAGCCGACCGCGACGACAAGUAUCGCUUCGGAGGAGCGGUCCAAGACACCCGCGCUCAGCCCCAAUGUCACUGCCGCGAGUGCGUCGAAUACAGUGCAGUCGACGCCUGCAACCAAGAAGGCGGAGACGUCAGCCACCAAGGAAUCACAGCCAACGGUGAACGGUGAGGCGAGCAAGGAAGAGUCGCGCGAGGAGGAAUCGAUAUACCACCUGCCUCCGGGGCUGCAAGAUCUGAUCCAUUCCUUCGAGGUGACCAAGAGCCGAGCAGCAGCACAAAGUUCCACAAACCCCCCUCCGUCAGUGCAACGGCUCCUUACGGCAUCACUCAACACCUGUCCCGAGCCGGCGGAUGCUGAAAAGCCACGUCACUAUAAACCUCAGAACCCGUACAAUACCCCUCUUUAUUACCCUCAAGAGCCGCUUGCCAUCUUCGACGACCCCCGGUUAUACGACACGGGGAGGAUCGAUACGGAUACUCUGUUCUACCUGUUUUAUUACCGGCAAGGCACGUAUCAGCAAUUCCUAGCGGCCAAAGCGCUCAAGAACCAAAGUUGGCGAUUCCACAAGCAGUACCAGACCUGGUUCCAACGGCACGAGGAACCCAAGACCAUCACAGAGGAAUUUGAACAAGGGACGUAUCGGUUCUUUGAUUACGAGAGUACAUGGAUGAACCGUCGUAAGGCCGAUUUCAAGUUUGUCUACAAGUACCUGGAAGACGAACUAUAAUGCGGCUUUAGUCUCCUUGUUUCUUUGAGUUCGUGUAUGUAUGGUAGGCAUUCGGUCCAAUUAUUUGCGGUGUGGUUAUGGGUCAUCUACACUGGAGAUGGGCAUUGAGUUUCAGGUCGUUCGGGUUGCCGACGGUUGGGAGUCUGUCAUUUCUUUUGACUUUUUUUUUCUUCUCCCUUUUUUUUUUU